AUGUCCCGCGCCGUCCUCGUCACCGGCGCAAACGGCUACAUCGGCAACGCCGUCGCCCGCGCCUUCACCCGCGCCGGCUGGCUGACCUACGGCCUUGUACGGUCUGAGUCCGCAGCGCGCUCGUUAGAGCUUGAAGAAAUCUUCCCGGUGCUCGGUCAGAUUGACGACCUUGAUUCGCACACCUCCAUCCAAUCUCAACUCCCCCAGACCCUCAACGCUAUAGUCUCAACAACAGAGAACCUGACAGACUACACAACGCACCACAAAAACACCAUUACUCUCCUCCGAACCCUCGCCCUCUCCAGCUCCGCCAACGGCGUCAAACCCCUCGUGAUCCUCUCCUCAGGCUGCAAAGACUACGGCAUGGGCCCUCAUUACGAUGGCGCUCAAGACCUCAAACCCCACACCGAAGAAAGCCCCCUAAACCCACCAGACCUGCUAAGGAACCGCACAACCAUGUCCCUGGAGGUCUUGAAGAAUACCGACGCAUUCGCGCCCGUCCUAGUCCGUCCGACGAACGUCUACGGCCGCUCGGCAAGCUACUACCGCGGGUUCUUCGAAGUUGCGUCCCUAGCGCAGAGACUCAACCUCCCGCUGCAGAUCCCCGUCCCUGCAAACUCGGUUUGCCACGCUCUGCACGUCGACGACUGUGCGGAUGCGUACGUUGCGCUCGCGGCCCAUCCUCGACGCGCGGAGAUCUUUAAUAUUUCGGCGCGGGAGUACGAGACUGUAGGGAAGAUUGCGGAGGCGUUGGUGGGAGAGUAUGGCCUUGCGGGCGUGGAGUAUGUUGACGCCGCGCACGUCGGGGCUGUAGGCAAGGCGUGGCCGCCUGCGCUGAUUGAUUUCCCGCAGUGGACGGGGUCCGAGAAGAUAAGGAGGGUGACGCGGUGGAGGGAUGUGAGGGUUCCCUUUUGUGAGGGGGUGGGUGUUUAUAGACGGGCUUAUGAGCGGGCUGUUGAUGCGGGGCAUGAGAAUAUUAGGAAGAUGGUUGAGAGGGAGGGGAUGUUUAGGAGGAAGUAA